UCCCUUCAAGAUAGACGCGGGCUAUUUUUACGUAAAAAAUUUGUGAACACGUUUUAGUUACAAAUCAACACAAUGAAAAAUUAAAUCUAAUCAGCCAAGUUAAAGUGAUGCUAAAGUGGUAAUCAAAUAAAUAUAUAGUUAUAAUGCCUUUAAAUUACGGAGCAACAGAUGAAAAUGAUAAUGGGGUUCACAGUGCAAAAGAAAUUACUGAAGAAUAUAUAAGUGUACCAAUAAAGCGAAAAUGGUGGGUUGUGAGUCAAAAAUUCCUCUUUGGCUUGGGACAUGUUUACAACGACCUCUGUGCCGCAAUGUGGUUCUCCUAUAUGAUGCUGUUCUUGCAAGCGGUUAUGGAAAUGCAGGCUGUAUUUGCUGGAACCAUGUUACUUUUAGGUCAAGUUAUAGAUGCUCUAGCCACACCUGUUGUAGGGGUUUUAGCUGACCAGUUUAAUACAAAAAAGAGGUGGCAUUUAAUAGGGUCAGUGUUAGUCAUAUGUUCGUUUCCCUUAUUAUUUGUGCGAUGUUGGGGAUGUUGGCCUGAAGCAGAAUUAAAUUAUGUAUCAAUAUGGAUGCCAGUAUAUUAUUCAGUUCUUAUUACAAUGUUUCAAAUCGGUUGGGCCGUUGUCCAGAUAUCUCACCUAUCGAUGAUACCUGCUAUAUCUGACAGUUUACAAAUACGGUCCGAGCUGACUUCUAUACGUUAUAUGGCUUCUGUGAUAUCGAGUUUGACCGUGUAUUUUAUAACGUGGGUUGUAUUGAGAUCCACGAAAUACAGUACUUCCAUUGGACCGACUGAUGAUUAUAAAUUCCGGAAUGUAUCAUUAAUUAUUUCCGCAAUUGGAGUAAUGUGUACUACCCUAUUUCACAUUUUUUUUAAACUUCGAUGUAAAAAUGAACGCAAGAUGGUCAAGAUGGAAUCGGGUUCAGGAGAAGAAAAUCUUUUAAAGAACACAAAUUGGAAGUUUUGGUAUUUUCUAAAAAUGCCUCUGUUAUAUCAAACGAGUUUGUUAUAUGUUUUCUCUCGUUUAUAUUGGGCGUUAAGUCUAGUCUAUGUUCCCUUGUUCCUGGAAGAACGGCUAUCUGUGAACCCUACUGAGGGGUCUGAGCUGGUAGCCAGCGUACCGCUGGUGCUUUAUAUCUCUUCGCUAUUUUUUUCAUUUCUCUUAAAAAGUAACAUUGAGAAAAUUGGUAACCAGGUUGCUUAUCUAAUAGGAAGUUUCUUUAGUCUGAUUAGUUGCAUCUGGAUAGCUGUUACCAUUGAUCCCGAGGCGAAUGUUACCCAAAUUUAUUUGGUGGCAACACUGAUUGGCGCUGGUAGUGCAAUUACUCUCGUGUCCAGUCUCUGUGUAACGGCUGAUCUCAUCGGCCCCCAUUCCCACCAGGGCGCGUCUAUUUAUUCAAUUGUCACAUUUGCCGACAAACUGGUCACUGGAAUUGCUGUAGUAGCUAUUGAAAACUACAAAUGUGAUGAUGCAUUGGACUGUCCUCAAUACUACAGGGGCGUUCUAACUUACGCCUGCGGUGGAAGUGCUGUUUUAGGAAUAUUGUCCUUGGGUUUAACGGCUAUAGGAAAAGACAAGAAGAAUCAAACCUAGAACUUACGUCACAACUAUUUCCCUUUUUAAGUUAAUAUUAAUUUCUUCCUUUUUGAUUUUGUAAAAAACCAUCAAGAUGUGAUAUUGUAAUAAAAUUAGGUUAUCUCUAACAACAUUUUCAAGUUUUAGAUGAAUUAAAUUUUUUUAUUCCCAUAGGAUCGAUAGUUUAGUCUGUGGGCAGUGUGAAAAAUAUGUUACUUGCAUCUCUAAAAUUCCGACCAAGUAGCAUAUAUAUUAUAUAAGGGAUGAACUGUUGUACUGAAAACCAGUUGGAAAUAAGAAAAUUAAUUUAAAAGUGAUGGCACUCAGUCAUUAGCUAGUAAUCUAAAGAUAUAGUGAGUGAAACUAAAUAGUUAAGAAUUAUAUUAAACUCAAUGUAAAACAUCUUAAAGUAAGGAAAUAUUUGAUUUACUUUUGCAAAUAUCUGACAUAAUGAAAAUUUGUCCCUGAAUUUUUUUACAUAUAUAUUUCAAAAUCAAUUCUACUGGAACUAUAGAAUUGAGAGUCUUCUCCAUGCUUCCUGACCCAUACACCUGAUUUGAAGUGACCCUCAUUUGCCCAUUUAUUCAUUUGACUCGUAGAAUGAGGUCCAGAUAUUUCAGCAUCAUUGUUUUGGCUCCAUUUAAAUUCCCAUUUUACCUCAUUAGAAUCUUCAUUUUCACUUUCAGCUCUUGUGUCAUCCUCUUGGCCUAAAGUUUGCUUUUCUUUCUGGUCAAAGUCAUCUGCAUACAUGUCUAAUUCAGCAUCUUGGUUUUUCUUUUCAGAUUUUGCAAUAGUAUUUGUAAUUUUCUCAUAUGUCUCCUGGUAAAUAUCCAUAUUACCAGUUUUAGUAAGAAUUUGAUUUGCCAACUCAGUUACUCUUGUAACAACUUUACUGCCCUCAUCAACUAUACCUUGCUUUUUUCUUUUCCAACGGUCUGCACUUGAAAUUUUUGAAGCAGCACCUUAAAAAUAUACAUUUUUAUAUAAAUACAAAAAUUAAUGAAUAUUUUAGGAAGUUAUAGCAAUUAUUAAUUGCGAGAACUUAAAUCAUAUACAAUAUAUUAUAUUUUUGAGAGAGAGCAAAUCAACUAACAGCACCACAUUUAGUAAUUAUAAUCUGUGAUUUAAAAAUUCAGAAAACAUGAACUUGCUAUUAACCUUAGCCAAUUCUGUAAAUUUAAACUUACAUAAAACUCAAAAUAUAAAUGAACAAUAAUAAUGUACACACCUAGUCGCUGUAAACUUUUUGCUAUGGUCUCUUUAGGUUUCAUAUGAUGUAAUAUUUCUUUAUAAUUAGAUAUAAGAUCAAAUUUCUCUUCUGGUUCUUCAUCUUCACUAUCACUGUCAUCUAGGAUACCUUUCAUUUCAUCAUCUUUAUGUACUUUAUACUUAUCUUCAGGCCGCCCCUUUACUUUGACCCAAUCUAUAUUAUCUAGCCAACUAUCCCGAAUCUCCUUCUCCUUUUUCCAAUGGUAGUGG